ACGAGUUGCGCUGAACUACCUAUUCCCCGUGUUCUCCGCCCAUCAGGACCAGUAGAGAGUGUAGUGGAAUCAGCGACCUGCGCAGACCGGGGCAUUCCAUCUUGGAAGGCUGACGAUCGAAAAGCGUCUUCUGAAAUUCGUUAUGGGCUCGAAGCGGAGCGACUCUGAGGAAUCGGAUAGCAGCGACGGAACGUCCAAUUGGCGGCGUGGGAAAAAUAGAACGAAAACAGAUAGACGCGCAUCCCCUUCCUCGCCGGGGAAGCGGUCGUCGCCGACGAGAAGGCGACAAAGAUCUUCAUCGAUAGAGAUCAGGACGACGCCGCCUGGAAGAAGGCGACGAAGAUCCUCAUCGACGGGGAAGCGGACGUCACCGAGAAGAGGACGUCAAAGAUCUUCAUCGACGGAGAAGCGGAGAACGCCCCCACGGCAUAAAGACUACAAAAGAAAUCGAUCCCCCGAGGACUACCGCAAGGAGAGGCGCGAUCGGUCCAGUAGCACCGGUCGGAAACAGAUCCAUGAGAAGAGUUCCAAACGCGAGUGUAGCUCGAGUCCCGCGGACAGGAGACGCAGCCGUUCAGCAAGCGAAUCGAGAAACCUUUCGAGACGGGGAGGCCAUGACCGUGAUGGCGGGAAGAAGAAAUCUGUGAGCAGAGAGCGGUACCAUGAGCCGAGGAAACCUUCCUCCCGGAAAGAGCGGAGGGAGAGGAGCGGCAGCGCGUCGAGCAGUAGCUCAUCGGCGCCCGAAAAAUCAGGAAAAGAUCAACGGGCUGAAUACAAUGAUUAUUUGGGGCGGGAAGAGAUCAAGAAGAAAGAAGACAGGAAGAAAUUGAAAGAGCUCAUGAAACAAAACGAAACUCCCGAGCAGAAGCGUGCGAGACGCUUAGCGAAGAAAAUAGCCAAAGAACGUCGCCGGAAACAGGAGAUGGGUCUCCUGGACGAGGACGCGGCUUUCACGAAUCCGGGUUACCCGGGUAGCGAUUCUACUCCGCUUCAAACUUUCAAGUGGGUGAAAAAACUCGAGAAGGAAGGAUUGAAGGACAUCAAAGACGAACAACUCGAAAUGAAUCGCAGAAAACGCGAGGAGCAACGGCAGGAACUUCUGAAGGUUAAAGAGCGACGUCUGGAGAGAGAACGCGAGCGUGCUGAACGAGAACAACUUCUGGAGCUCGAGCAGCGCAAACGCGAAGGGGCGCAGUUCGACGAAUGGGCUAAGCAGGAGGAUACUUUUCAUCUGCAGCAAGCAAAACUGCGCAGUAAAAUCCGAAUCGAGGAGGGCCGAGCCAAGCCCAUUGACUUGUUAGCGAGAUACAUAUCAGCGGAGGAGGAGGAUUUCUCUGUUGAAAUGAUCGAACCGUAUCAUUAUCUGAACGGUCUCACUCUUGACGAUUUCGAAGAUCUCAUCGAGGAUAUCAAUGUGUACAUGCGACUCGAGAGUAGAAAAAAUCAAGAGUACUGGAACGACAUUCGAAUCAUAGUGGACGAAGAAGUGCGCAAGCUGAAUAGAUCGGAAAGUGACGAAAACCCUUCGGGUCGCCAAGCCAUAAGUUCGGAAGUCAGCAAGGAGAUAGUCAACGUGUUCAAAGGCAAAACUCCGAAGCAGCUAGAGGUCAUGAAGAGUCAAAUCGAGGCGAAGCUGAAGAGCAAAGGUCCCGGUUUGGAUGUGACCUACUGGGAGACCCUCCUCUCCAGACUCAGAUCGUACAUGGCUCACGCUCGACUCCGAGAACGGCACGAGGAGAAUCUACGGAAAAAACUCGCGCAACUGAAAGAAGAGCAAGGCGUCGAAAUCAAACAAGAAGGUGUCCGCGAAAACGAGCGAAUGGAACUCGGUGAGAGCUCUUCGUCAGCAGCAGCAGCAGCGGCGGCUUCGAGUCAAGAGAACGCCACCGUUAGCAGCGCUGACGAUGACAACAGUCAGGAAGCUUACGAUGAGAUCGACCCGCUACAACAAAGCAUCACCGAAUACGAGCAAGGAAGAUAUUCGCCAACGUUACUGAAAGCAUCCGAGCUCGAAUUGGGAACGUUGCUCGUGGACCCUCGAGAAGAUGAGCAACGACGGGAAGCUCGGAUCAACCUGGCGGGUGAGGGCAAGAGCGAAACUCUCGGCAAAAUUGACGAAAUAUUCGAGCGCGAAGCUCGUAAGGGAAUGGACGACAAGGAGGCCCAGUUCAGCGUGGAGCAACUGAUCGACGCCCAAACCUAUAAAUGGAGUGAUAUGUACAGACCUCGUAAACCUCGUUAUUUCAACCGGGUCCACACGGGAUUCGAGUGGAACAAGUACAAUCAGACCCAUUACGACAUAGAUAACCCCCCGCCGAAAAUUGUCCAGGGCUACAAGUUCAACAUUUUCUAUCCCGAUCUCAUCGAUAAAAAUGUCACACCCCAGUACACUCUGACCGCCUGCGCGGACAAUCACGAUUUUUCUGUUCUCCGUUUCCACGCUGGACCCCCGUACGAGGACAUCGCGUUCAAAGUUGUGAAUCGAGAGUGGGAAUACUCUUACAAGAAGGGCUUCAGAUGUCAAUUCCAUAACGAUAUUUUCCAACUGUGGUUCCAUUUCAAGCGAUAUCGAUACAGAAGAUGA